UUUUGGCCGCAGAGGCAACUGGGUGUCAGAACUUGCCAGAUCGCUGAGGGAAAGAAAGCCAAAUUUUUAAAACAUUAAAUUCCAAAACUUUAUUUUUAAGGUCGACAACUCAACUACGAAAGAUGCCAGUAGAAGUUGUAUCAGACGACAGCGGGGACACCAUGACCCUCAUCAGAUACAACGACAACAGAUUCGUCGCCUCGGACUUCGUGGAGGAGACCAUACUCAACAUGAGAAACGUCGAACUACGUCACGAUGACGUCAUGCUCUGUUCCUACUCCAAAUCAGGUUGUCAUUGGGUGUGGGAGAUUCUGCGCAUGCUCCGACACGGCUCCACGAACCUGGAAGUCGUCGACAAGGAACACUACAUGAUCGAAUACAACACACUAGACCAGCUGUCGGCUCUUCCGUCUCCCAGAAUCCUCAACAAUCACAUGUUCUGGGACUCUCAACCACGUGACCUAGUGGAGAAGAAGAUCAAAACGGUUUUCUUCUACAGAAACCCCAAAGACGUCGCCGUGUCCUUUUUCAACCAUCACAGGAAGUUCAAGGACUAUGACUACAACGGAAAAUUUUCAAACUACCUCAAGAGGCUCGUGCAAGGAAAAGUGGAUAAUUGCAGUCCCUUCCAGUAUUUGAAAAGCUGGGAAGAAGCGAUCGCCUCCCACCCAGAACAGCCGAUCUUUGUUGGAAAUUAUGAGGACAUGAAAGAGAACCCAUUAGCCGAACUGCGCAGGCUAUCCACCUUCCUAGGGCACGAUCACAGCGACAACUUCCUACAGCAGGUGGCGGAAAUGACGUCAUUUGACAGCAUGAAAAAACGGAAAUUCCCAGUCGCGGUUCUCGACGAUGAAGGUCAGCCCAUCAUGUAUCGCAAAGGUGAGGUGGGGGACUGGAGGAACUACUUCACACCUGAGCAGAGCGCCUGGUUUGAUCAAAUCAUCCGUGACCAGAUGGCCGGCUCCAGGUUCCGGUUCCGGUACCAGCUGGACAGUCAGAAUACGAUGACGUCAUUGAGGAAGAACUCACCUGCUAUUCUUAGACAGGGUGGUUAAUUGGAG